GAUGCAGUGGUCGACGGUGUUGAUGCUGUGGUCGACGGUGUUGAUUCAGUGGUCAACGGUGUUGAUGCUGUGGUCGAGGGUGUUGAUGCAGUGGUCGACGGUGUUGAUGCUGUGGUCGACGGUGUGGAUUCUGUGGUUGAGGCUGUUGAUGCAGUGGUUGACGGUGUUGAUGCAGUGGUUGACGGUGUUGAUGCAGUGGUCGACGUUGUUGAUGCAGUGGUUGACGGUGUUGAUGCCGUAGUUGACGGUGUUGAUGCAGUGGUUGACGGUGUUGAUGCCGUGGUCGAUGGCGUUGAUGCCGUGGUCGACGGUGUUGAUGCCGUGGUCGACGGUG